GUAAUCUCAGUAACUGCGCGUCGUUUAAGCCUUGCACUCGGUGACCCGGCUAAGUGAAUGUUAAAAAUUUCCUCUAAUUAGAGGGGCGCGUCGCAGAAACACAACAGAGAAGUAUAAGCAAAGAGCCUUUUCCUACAUUCUAUUUCCCACUCCCGAGACUCUCUUCACUUCACCUUUCACUAUCCAUCCAUCCAUCAAUUUCGCAACGCUCGCAUUAAAGCUCAUAUUGUAUAAAGCUAUUUUGGCCUUUUGUCUCUUCAUCUGCAACCUCCACUUGUCUUAGUGACGGUGCUAUCCUUCGCCUUCAGUCGGCAAUCCGUCAAAAUGCGAACUCGAUCGCAGCAAGCCUCGCCUGGCGGGUUUCUGUCCCUCGAUGACAGUGCCCCUCGUCGGACGAGGUCUGCAAGAAGCAUCUCGCAGCAAAAAAGCUGCUACUAGCAGAGCCGCAAAGACGCAAACGCGAAAUGGUCCUCAGCGAGUGACAAGAAAGUCGACACGAAAGACGGCCCAGCAGACGACUGACGAUGACGACCAUCAAUCGCGUAACAAUGAAGAACCUACCCAGACUGCGGCCUUGGACGAUAAAGAAAAUCACAUAGAGCUUCACGACCGAGAAUCCGUUACACUAGCAGAAAAUACCGUACUUUCGGAGCCAAAGAGCUCUUCUCUUUCUCUGAACAGGAAGCGGGCCCAUGAAGACACCAGCGACGAGGAUCGGAGCGCCCCUGUGACUCCAGCGGCAAACAAGCGCCGCAAUUUGGGACCACCUGGAAGUACGCCCUUCGCCAACCGCCGCACCCCUCUUUCACGCCGAAUUCAAACUAAAGCAGCUCCAUUUUCCGCAAGGCUUGCUCGGCGCGAAGCCGAAAAGCAUGGUCGGAUUGAAUCGACGCUCUUUCGGCUUCCUGACUAUCUCCGUCAGCUGGAAGCCGACCGAAGGAAAGCAGAAAGAGCCCCUUCAAGUCCAAGUCCACAGCUCCCACAAACGAGCUUUGACUUCACAAUGGAGCCAACCAUGGCAACUACUCAAGACUCAGCAGGCGAAUCUUCUGUGCCUCAAGAACCAUCGACCCCGGAGAGGAACACGCCAGAAACGCCGCAGAGUGGCUGGAAUCUUCGUGGAUUGCUAAGUUCAGUACCUCGUUCCUUUUCACGAUUGCUACCCUUUGGUCGGUCUUCUAGAACCUCUGAAGCUCAAACAGCAAUUGAACUAUCUUCAGAACGGAUAACUCGUACAAGGUUGGUUGACACCGAAUCUACUAGCUCUCAAAAUGAACUGAGAUUCCGCCGGCGUUUGAGUGAAGGGCCUGCACAACCUGCGAAGAAGCGAGCUCGUAACUUAUCUUACUCCCUUUUUCCGGCUCCCAUCGACAGAUCCCUCUAUCUUGGAGAUGUUCCCAAGCCCCCUACGGCACUUCCGAAGUCCUGUUCACCGGAUUCGCACCGCGCCGAGCAGGAAACGGCGCAAACACUCAAGACUCAGGAGAUCACGGCGUCAGAUGACCAGACUAAAGGACGUGAGGUGUUGCCACAAGCGGUUAAUGAGGAGGGCCAGAAGAAGCGCAAACGAUCCCCAUCGCCCGAUGUGAUUCCCAACCCGGCAGGUUCUAGCUAUGGAUUGGACUUGGACUAUUUCUGCUAUAGCUCUGAUAGUGAAGAUGAGGCCGCGGGAACUCCAUCUAAACAAGGUGAACCCAAGAAAGCCGGUGGUCUAGCAGAGACUGCGGCCCGUAGUGCUCUCCGUUCGGAGAGGGCAUCGUCCAAAAAGGUACGAUUUGAUGCGAGCCCAGAGGACACUCCUUCCAAGCUUCGCUCGCGUGCUCGCGCUACCGAUCCAUAUCGUGGAACACACUUCAUUGGGAUGGGCAAUGGUUCAGCCUCUGCACCUACGACACCAACACCACCUGCUCGCGCUGAACAGUCCUCCCAGCCCCAACCAGGAUUUAUCCCCAAUACGCAAGGCACUUUCCAAUUGGAUUAUGACACGUUUCCAGACGACUCUGAGUCUAGCGGCCCGUCUACGCCAAGAAGCGCUGCCGCUCCUGGCACAGCUGCACGGGAGGAAGAGCUGCGGGCUGCAUCACAGCCUGAGGGUUAUGAUACGCAAUCUUCUACUCCUCGUCCGAUCCCCCGGGUUCCAUCCACACCAGGUAAAGUGGACGAGCAGGCUCUUGCAAGAGUGCGUUCUCAAGCAGAAAAGUACAAGCCGAAGACACCUAGCGGCCUCCGUACUACAAGUCGAUAUUCGAGUCCAUUGACUGCUCCUGCUACGUCUGACACCGUUGCCGACAAGCAGAAACCCAAAGAACCUAGUGGGUCUGCGGAGUCUGAAAAGGUCGAAAAACCCGAGAACUUCGGCGAUGAUGAAUUUGCUCGAGAUGCUGAAUGGCUUUAUCAGAACUGCCCUUCUGGAGAUCUUAGCCAACUUAAAUGGCCGGCCAGGCAAGGCUAUGAAGAGAGCCUUGGCGUCAGUCCUGCCUCCAUGCAACUCCUUGCUACAAUUUGGGAUGAUUCCGAGAUCGAACCAGCCUACCUUGCUUUUCGUCAGAGUUUCGAGGAAUUCAAAAAGACUUUAGCAUGAACUGAUCUCAUCCAUUAUUGACUACUUUUGCUUGAAAUAAUGUCUGCCCCCCCAAUCUUUUAACGUUGUUUUGUGUGCGGGUGGUUUUCUUUGACCUCUGCCUCUGCCUGUUUAGGCCCCCUUCCGUGCCACCAGGGAUCUGGACGAGCCAGGAGAGUGGCUACGAAGAUUGAUUUAUAGUUGGAGUUCGGACAGACAUCUUUGUUGUAUCGACAUCGCCAGCUGUGGCCUCCUUCAGACUGUCGGAUCGAGUUGCAGACCCUCUGGUAGAUAAAUCUUUGUGUUAGGGAUUAUGGUUGAAUGGUUGAUGGUGCUGGUAUUUGUGGUUUACUGGAGUUUUGUAGAUACGUCUGUAUCUGGAGCCGAACAUGAGCAUUUGCAUUGGGUUUUGCAUUUAGGCGUCUCUUUACUGAGAAAUGGGAACUGGUUGUGCUUACAAUGCGCUAGCAAAUUUUUAGAGACUUGUCAAUUAUUUGAACGCUGUUAUUGAA